GUACCGCCGGAGCUGCCGCCCUCCUUUCCCGCUCCGCGGUCCCGUUCUCCGGGCGGCCCCGCGCCCCUCACCGUGCAGCGGACGGGAUCCGGGCAGCGCGGCGGGCUGGUACCGCGGCUGGCAGGCACCACAGCGGGCGCCUGUGCGCGCACAGAGCGGGAGGCCCCCGGCGGCGCUGCCCGCCGUGCGCGGGCCGGGGCCGGUACCGGGACCGGGAGGGGGACCAGGACCGGGACCAGGACCAGGACCGGGAUCGGGAUGCGGCUGCAGUGCGAGGUGGAGGUGCUCAGCCGGCUCCUGCCCACCUACGGGCUGCGGGGCCGCGGCCGCGCGGCGCGGGCGCUGCUGUCGCUCGGGCGCCCGCCCGGCGCUGCCGGUGCAGGGAUUUACCUCAUGGUGUGCACGGCGCGGGACCGCGGCGGGGCUCGGUGCAGCAGAACGUGGAGCGGCUCUUCACGCGCUUCGUGGAGGAGGGGAAGGCCACGGUGCGGCUGCGGGAGCCCGCGGUGGAUCUGUGCCUCAGCAAGGCAAAUGUGAUCAAUUUAAAGACUUUCCUUUCAGCCGUGAGACUGGCUCACCAAGGCAGUGACACCGGAGUUCUCCCUCUCUCACCUCUGGUCCCAGCAAAGAACUCUGACGUGGAGAAACCCAAGACCAAAAUGAUCAUCACUUCCAGGAGGGACUAUCCCCUCACCAAGAGCUUCCCCUUCUCCCUGGAGCACCUGCAGACCUCGUACUGCAAACUGGCCAGGAUCGACACGAGGGUGCUGUGCCUGAAGAAGCUCCGCAAGCUGGACCUGAGCCACAACCACAUCAAGCAGCUGCCAGCCACCCUGGGGGACCUGGUGUGUCUGCAGGAGCUCGACCUGCACGACAACCACCUGGAGGCCUUCAGCGGGGCCCUGUGCAGCUCCAGCCUGCAGAAAUCCCUGCAGUUCCUGGACCUGAGCCAGAACCAGAUCCAGGCGCUGCCCAUUGAGUUCUGCCAGCUGCGGGGCCUGGUGCAGCUGAGGCUCGACGACAACGCCCUGCUGCGCCUGCCCUGCAGGAUCGGGCAGCUGAGCCACCUGCGCUUCCUGUCGGCAGCACGCAACAAGCUGCCCUUCCUGCCCAGUGACUUCAGGAAACUCUGUCUGGAGAACCUGGAUCUCUUUGGGAAUCCUUUUGAGCAGCCCAAUCCGCUGGUUCCCAACAUCCAGCUGAAAAUCCCAUUGACUCUGUUGGAGUGUGCUGCCAGGGCCACCGUCAAUCACAGAAUCCCUUACGGCUGUCACCUCCUCCCUUCCCACCUUUGCAAGGAUCUGGAAGUGGCCAAAACGUGCCGGUGUGGGAGCGCCUGCCUGAGCAGCUUCAUCCAGAUCACGGUGACCAUGAACCUGCACCAUGUGGCCCACACCGUGGUGCUCGUGGAUAACAUGGGAGGCACGGAAGCUCCCAUCCUCUGCUACUUCUGCUCCCUGGACUGCUAUUCCCAAUUCCUGGACAGGCACCUCCAGAGCAACGGGUGACCACGAGCCGGUGCCAAAGCUCUGCCUGAUGUUGUGCCUGGGAAUGGAGGAGCCCGGAGGUGUUUCCUGCUUGUUCCCACCCGCGGUGUCACCGGCGUUCCCUGCGGAGACAAAUCCCUCUGGGAGCGAGGGGACACACAGCCUGACCUGGCCUGACUCUUCUCCCCCUCUGGAAUCUCCUUUGGCUGGAACACAAAGCAAUGUUUAGCUGGAGAGAACCUUCCUUAGAAUGUAUUUUCCUUUUCCUAUUCCCAGGGCUUUGCUCAGAGUAUCGCGUUCUGUGGGAUAAGUGGUUCCCUCUUGGAAGGAGGAGGUGAGUUUAUCCCAAGCUUACCCACACGUGAGGCUCUGAGCUCUGCCCACGGGCAGGGACUGCACUCCACCCUUCCCAACUUUUUUACUGUGGAGGAGAAAUCACAUCCAGCCCGGUUAUGUAAUUCCAGGUGCUUCUUUUUUAAAGGUUCUGUUACAACAUUCCCACUUGGAGCAGGGACCAGCACUGCUGGGUUUUUACCAGAGCAGAUGUUUUUUGGGGUUUCUCUCUUUGUGAUACCAGAAAUGUCUUUUUUCUAAAUACGUGCCUGAAACUUUGUUUCUUAAUCCUCAUGUUUUACCGAUUCUUGAAUUUGUUUCACUGUGUUGACUUAUUAAAUUUUGAAGCCCUUCUA